AUUCUCGCGAAGGAUAGGUUACAUUUCUUGUGGGUGUCUAAAAGAAUAAUUAAUAAAAUGUCGAUUUUAGCGAGCCCAUUAUCAGUUGCUGGAUCUAGAACUACUGGUAGCUCAGUACGCAAUCAAAAUGUAAUGGCAGCAUCUACAAUCGCAAAUGUAGUAAAAAGUUCAUUAGGUCCUGUGGGGCUAGACAAGAUGUUGGUAGAUGAUAUUGGAGAUGUAACAGUCACAAAUGAUGGGGCCACUAUUUUACGUUUGUUGGAAGUGGAACAUCCUGCCGCCAGAGUAUUAGUAGAGUUAGCACAAUUACAAGAUGAAGAAGUUGGUGAUGGCACUACUUCUGUUGUCAUAAUUGCUGCAGAAUUGCUGAAAAAUGCAGAUGAACUGGUGAGACAAAAAAUUCAUCCCACAUCCAUCAUUAGUGGAUAUAGGUUAGCUUGUAAAGAAGCUUGUAGGUAUAUUCAAGAUCACCUCACCAUUUCUGUUGAAGAAUUAGGAAAGGAAUGUGUUGUGAAUAUUGCUAAAACAUCAAUGAGUUCAAAAAUCAUUGGAGCUGAUGCUGAAUUAUUUUCUGCUAUGGUUGUUGAUGCUGCUAAUGCCAUCAAAGUAACAGAUGCUAGAGGAAAUGCUUUGUAUCCAAUCAAAGCUGUCAACAUCCUUAAAGCACAUGGUAAAAGUGCAAGAGAAAGUUUCCUUGUACAAGGUUAUGCUUUGAAUUGUACUGUAGCUAGUCAGGCAAUGCCCAAGAAAAUUGUCAAUGCAAAAAUUGCAUGCCUUGACUUCUCCCUGCAGAAAGCCAAGAUGAAGAUGGGAGUUCAGGUUCUGAUCACCGAUCCCGACCAACUGGAAUCGAUCCGCACGCGCGAGCUCGACAUCACCAAGGAGCGCAUCCAGAAGAUCCUCUCGACCGGCGUCAACGUCGUUCUGGUCUCGGGAGGCAUCGACGACCUGUGCCUCAAGUAUUUCGUGGAGGCGGGGGCGAUGGGGGUGCGCAGAGUGAAAAAGUCCGAUCUGAAGAGGAUCGCGAAGGCGACGGGGGCGGCCUUCCUCACCUCGCUGACCAACAUGGAGGGCGAGGAGACGUUCGACGCCGGCAUGGUGGGGGAGGCUGCCGAGGUGGUGCAGGACAGGAUUUCGGAUGACGAGUUGAUCAUCAUCAAGGGUCCCAAAGCCCGCACGGCUGCCUCGAUCAUCCUGCGCGGCCCCAACGACUUCUACUGCGACGAGAUGGAGCGUUCCGUGCACGAUGCUCUCUGCGUCGUCAAGCGCGUGCUCGAAUCGAAGAGCGUGGUCGUUGGCGGCGGGUCCGUCGAGGCCGCCCUCUCGAUCUACCUGGAGAACUUCGCGACGACGCUGAGCUCGAGGGAGCAGCUGGCCAUCGCCGAGUUCGCCAAGAGUCUGCUGGUGAUACCGAAGACGCUGGCGGUAAACGCGGCGCAGGACGCCACUGACCUGGUGGCGAAGUUGCGGGCGUACCAGAACUCGAGCCAAACCAAGAAGGAUCACGCGCAUUUGAAGUACGUCGGCUUGGAUCUGAUCGAAGGCACAGUCAGAGAUAAUAGGAAAGCUGGUGUAUUGGAGCCGACAAUAUCGAAGAUUAAGUCUUUGAAAUUCGCUACCGAGGCCGCCAUCACAAUUCUGAGAAUCGACGAUAUGAUCAAACUCGAUGCCGAGCAGAAGGGAGGAAAGAACUACCAACAGGCAAUGGAUAGUGGAGAAUUAUACGAUUGAGUCUCUCAACAUUAAUAUCACGUUACUAAUUUAUCGCUUUUUGAGAAUAAUCACGUUCACUCAUCAUGUAUUAUUUGAAUACGUUAAUUCUUUAGAUUGACAUUUUUUAAAUAAAUUAAUG